AUGUUCUGUAUCAGGGAGUCCAACCUGAGAAAGUCGAUGGAGUCCUUCCUCUUGGAUGACGUCGGCUCCAUGAUACAGAACAAGGCCAUUGAGAGAAUCAUCUCACCAAUGACCAUUCGGCUUUACCAUCUGAUCAUCUCAUUAGAGAGGAGAGACAUGGGGAAUGAAGUAUUUGCCUCUUUGGAGAAGACGGCAGAGGAAUUGGCUCAAGCUAGUGAAGGAUUUGUGCAAGCUGCCCGAAGGAACAUCACGCUCAUUGCCCAAAAGCUCCAUCUUCGGCCGGAAUGUCAGAGCCACCAGGAGGAGCUAGUGACCACAGCUCAGCAGAUCCUGGUGGCCACCACGAAGAUCCUGGACACGUUCACCGACACGCAAAGUCCUCUUCAAAGGCUGGUCCAAGCUGCCUGGGCGACAUCCCCAGUCUCCUCCCCGUGCGAUGGCGAGGCCUUGCCUGAGCGCCUCCAGCGUCUCCUCGCUGCUUUCCAUGACCAGGCCAAGCAGAUGCUCAGUGUGGCUCAUUUGGUCUUGGUUUGCUGCCCCCGACGACAGACUGGCAAAGACAUAGAGGCGACCAUGGUCGGCCUUUGGGGGCUUGUGGUCAGAGUGCAGCAGCUUUUCUCACAAAGUCCCCAAGGGUCUGGUCUGGACUGGAGCCCUGCUACCCUGCAGGCCCUGCUUCAGGAGUGGGCCAGGGCGUCUGAAGGCUUAUUAGCAUGUUUUGAUGAUGUUCUCAAUAUUCCUGAGUUCCUGAGUGUGUCGGUUCAGGAAAUGACCAAACGCUUGGACCUUUUUACAUGGACUUUGAGGAGUGGAGAUUCCAGAGAGUGUUCUCCACUGGUGGCGUAUUUACAGGGUCGAGCAACCCACAUAGCGCAGGUGAUUAGCAGGUAUGUGGACCAAGAUCGAGAUCCCAUUUUCCGAAAUGGCCUGAGAGUCUUGAUCCAGCAGCUGGAGCAAUCCUCCCUGGUCCUGGGUGCAGCUGCCCAGCACUGUUCAGGUGGGCACAGCUCUCAGGACUCAGGUGCACUUUUAACCAUGGCAAGACAUCUGAUCUUUUCAGCUCAGAGCAUCCAAGAUGGGCUGGACGGGACUAACCACCCAGAAAUCCUCAGCCCCCUCCGGGACCAAGUCCAAAGGUCUGGCAUGGCUAAGAGACAGACUUCUUUCAUUCUCCCCUGCCUCCAGGACUGCACAGUUCCUGAACUGAAACACCAGAGGAAGCCUGGGUUGGGGGAAAAUGAUCCAGGCACCUCCUAUCCACCAAGGGACCAUCCUUCCUAUCCCUUGAUUCUUGACACCCAUCCACAGAGAGGGGGCUCUCCACCUCCUGCCACCAACAAACCCAUCCUUGCUGUAGAGACCCAGAGCCACCGGGGAGUGACCUCAGCUCAAUUCAUCCUGCAGGAACAGGAUGCAGCUAUGAAUGCAGCUCAGGAGGCCCUGGCUGGAGAGGGACCACUGGUCUCAGAGAGAGUAAUUGAACUCCAGGAAAUCCCAUCACUGGCACCUUCUAUUAUUGAUCUAGCAAGGGAGACAGAACAUUGCACGACUGCCAGAACUGAUAGGCCUCUGGAAGUAACUCUCCAACUGUCUGGGAGAACCAGGGACACCAGGCAAGGUUUGGUGGUCAUAGCUGGUGACUGGUAUUCUCUGUGUCAGCAGCUAUUUUGCAACAACCCAGCAGCUGAUCUUCCAGGGAACACAGCAGUGUUCAUGGAGCUUCAGCAGAAUUUAGCCUCAAUGGUCCAACUAGCAGCCAAAAGUGGGCCCAUGGAUUUGGGUAAAAAGGAUUCUGACUCAACUGGGCUCGCAGAAGCACAUUUACAAAUGCAAGGCAGGUUGGAGGAGGUGGAGACCCAUGCUAAACAGCUUUUAGACAAGGUUCUGGCCUCUGGUGGUCUCCAAGCCCCUAGGUCAUGGGAAGAGAGCAUUGAGGACGGCUGCCUUCUGUGGUCGGUGGCUGUUCAAGACCUGCUCCUCUGCCUGGAGAGGCUCAGCGGGGGACAAGGCCUGUUCCUGCUGCCCCUGAGACAGGCUGUGAAGGACCAGCAGGGGCUGCAGGAAGGGUUGGCUCAGGCAGCAGAUGUUUCUCAGAGGCUUCAAGAAGCUGCCAAGCUGUCUUGCCUUUUGUGUGGGGAUGAGCAGGCAAAGGGUGAGAUCUCCUUUCUGUGCAGGGAAGUCCAUGUGCUCACAGACGCUGUGCUGGAUGUGGCACCGAUUCUGGCUUCCUCCCCCAAACCAUCCCCCAGCCUGUCUACUCGCUUUGAACUUCUCUGCUUAGAACUCACCCUUCAUGCCAAGGCCCUGACUGGCCACCUUGGCAGUAUCAAUGCAGACUAUGAACAUGCCCUCCAAGAUGCCUUGUGCCCAAAGCUCUCUGCCUACAAAGACCCCCAGAACCGGCCAGAAAUCUCCCUGGAAAGAAUGGUGUCUGGUAUCCAAGCUGUGCAGGGAAUCUUGGCAGGUCAGGAGUCUGGGUCCUGCCAGGAAGACCUGCCAGGAAGACAGAAGGCUCUGGAGAGUAUUCUCAUCCUCACCAAGGAGGUGGCCCAGAGGGUCCGUGUGCUCCAAGAACACCCAGAGGACUGGCUUUGGUGGGAGUGGGCAGCCAAGGCUCACCAUGCCGUGGCCCAGCUCCAGGCCUGGAAAGGUGGUCACACCAAGGCCUGGAGACUCCUGAUCCAGUGCCUGAAGCCCAGUGAUGAACAGGACCCUGCCCAGCCCCAGCCCCACCCUGAGGGGGGGUGCAUCGGGAGCAGCUGCAGCCAGCGGUGUAGACUUUCAGGGUGCUGCCCCAAGAGACACCCCAGGGUGUUCAGCGGGGACCUGCAUUGCUGAUCCAGCCACCACCGGGACAGUCGCAGCAGACCUGGGCAUGCUAUGGGAUUGCCAACAGAGUCCUGACCUCUUUCAUUACCGAGGAGCCUGGAGACACUUCUAACUUUGGAUGCUUAAGGUCCCUGACAGUUGAAUGUGAAACAUGAGUUGAAAAGAAUAUUUCCCAGUUCCCUACUUCUUGGCUCAGGGAUCACCAAUCGCAUAUGAGUUGAGUUCUUUCCUUUCUCUUCAUUUCACCUACUCCGGGGCCCCAUCUGGGCAGCCUGCUGGCCCUCAGUGUGUUAGUCCUUCUCCAGAAGAGGCUCUGGCUUGCCCCUCCCAGCAUUCAGGGGGCAUCCCAGCCUGUCUAAAACAAGGCCAAUUAGCAGUUUUCAGGGGGUGGGAGAUCAUUUAAUUGAAGACAAAACACAUAAAAACGAUAGCCAAGCCAGGUGACGUCUCAGGUGCACUAGCACAGAAAGUCUAAACUCUCAGCCACUCAAGUUCAAGGACUUGAUCUUAUUCAUCUUUAGAUCCUUCUGGCCAAGCAUGCUAUCUGGGGUGUUGCAGGUGCACGGUAAGUGAUUUAGAUUGCUUGCAAGGAUGCUACAGAUAGCCUGGAAGUGCAGAGGAGGUUCAAAUUUGGGGAAAAGUGGUCGCGGGAGGGAUGGAGCUGAUGCUUUAGGUGUCUGUUGAGAGGAGCGCUGUCUUGAGUUGAGCUUCAAAGGAAGCUGGGGAUUUGUAUUUGCCAGUGAGGAAGGACUUUCCAGGCAAUAAAAGCUCUGACGUGAACUUGGACCCAGGGGGUCUCCCAGUGCCUGUGAGUCUGGGGGGCGGGGUGCAUGCUUGUGCCCAGGUUUGCUUCCAAUGUGGAAGUGAACACCUUAUGGCUGGAGAGGAAAAUAUCCCGCCGUUAAGCCUUCACUUUGGACACCUGGCACCACCGCCAGCCACCUACCUGGCUGGUUGCUGUUCUUGGCAUCUGGACAACUUUUGAGUUGAACUCAAGCAAUUAGGACUCUUCCCACAUGCUUUGCUUCUGUCUGCUCCUGGGCCAAGCUGGCGGCCAAGUGCCCGGAUGUGGGGCACCCACACCCCGGGGCAGGUCACCUGGACCCCAACCUCCGCAGUCUCCUGGCCCUCGUCUGCCACUCGGCAAUUUCAUGGCCUGAGCUCUACAGCUACAGCCAAAGGAUGCGAUUCACCCAACCCCGUCCUUGGCGGACUGGUCUCCUGGUCCUAUGUCAUUAGUGCAGCGCCCUUCCCAUGUGCUUGAGAACAAAGACUGAACAGAGCCCGCCCACAAGGCGGGGUGGAAGGGACACGCACCUGGAGGAGUUGUCCUUUGAUUUCCAUUCCUCUCCUGGUGAAAUAACGGCCUCAGACCAAAUAGAUUCGUGAACUUAGAAUUUGCUAUCACGCUCGUACUUUUCCAGCAGCUAUAUUAUGUCCCUCUGAGGCAUCACUGUGCUACACUGGGGUCUCGGGGGAGAAGUAGGGGUGGGAAGGCCCAGAGGUUCCACCCACGGGCGUUCUCCCUCCUACCAGCAUCCAGGGCCCAGCCUCUGCCUUCAGGAGCCCAGGAUCUCGCGAGGCCGGGAGACCAUCAAGGUCACUCUUGACGCUCUGUUACUGGGUUUGCCUCCAAGUGCAGAACAACUGAUCUCCAUUCCAGAGUUUGGAAAAGGCUUAGCGGAGGCCCCACCCAGGGUCCAGAAAAGGAUAACGUGCCCUCACCCACUUCUGGAUGGCAGAAGCUACUGUUUUUCUCACUAGAAAACAACAAGCAAGUUAAUGGGAGAAAAAAGUAAUUUUUCAUAAGAGAAUUGUCUUUUCAUGUAGAAUAAUUGUUUCAAGGAUUCCUGAAUUUUUUCAAGAAGCUGUUGAUUCUCUUCUCUUCCAGGUAAGGCCUGAAAAUUCACCAAGGGAAAGAAGAUGUGGUAUUUUAACCAUACUGGGAUCUGAGUCCGCUGGGUUUCAGUUUAUGCAAAUUGGGGGUGAACGGAGCGCAGAGUAACGGGGGUUCGGGGAUUCGUGGUUUCCUCUUCUCGCUGUUUUCCUGCGUGUUUGGAGAAUGUCGCCUAGAGCUGCCGGCACGUGGGGAUCAGGAAACCCUCUUGAUUCCUACUCUUCUUUUAAAAAUGAUAAAGAGAUCGUGUGCAUCCCCACUGUGGCUAGAAGGUCUGAGCAUCCGGAAUUUCAGCAGUUCCACCCUGUCUUCCUCUUGCAGCCGCAGCAAAACGGCACCCCUUGCAGCGCCCCCUGCUGUCCAGCCCGGCUGCACGCCGAGCGGGACCCGCCUCUCCCGGAGGAUGGCCGCGUGGGCGGGGGGAACAGAAUCUCCCAGGUUACCCAGCAGGUGGCCGAGGAGGUGCUCCUGAUGGCUCAGAGUUUGAGGAGAAGAGGACGCAUCUUGGUACUGGGCCUUCCGUGGGUGGUGGGGAAACAGGGCUCCCAGCUGCUGCCCUGCAGAAGCCAGGACAGCCGGGCAGCUCCCAGGAAGGAGCGACCGCUCUCGGAGGCCGUCAAGCACAUUUUCAGGCGCUGUCUUCCCCCUCUCUCCGGGUGUACUGUAAGGCGCACUUCAUUUCUCUCUUCCCGUCCUCCUUUGGGCUUACUGGUAAGGCUUUGCCUUAUUCCGUCAGCGAAGGAAAUUUGCCAGAAGCUGCAAUUUAGCAAAAUCAAGGACUCAUUCAUACCCCGGAGGAUGAACUGAAGGGGAGCCAUUUAUGUCUUUAAAAACUCCCCAAAAUAGAGGUAACGGGGCUACAGGCUCCUGAGAGAUGGCCAUUCAGGGCCAGCACAGCCUGGAAGGGGAGGAGGAGGCCGGUUUCCACCGGCUUUGGGGGGACCAACUUCAAUCGCAUGUCUCCUGUUCUAACUCUCUUUAGCCCUCUUCUUGAUGCGGUGUAGUUAGGCAUUGCUUAACACCAACACACCAACAUUGAAAAAAAUAAAACAAGUCCAUUACUGAGUGUGGGGACCAGAAGGGAGAGGCAGCCUGGCACCAGGAGCCAUUUAGAAAACUCCUUCUGCUGUAGGUCUGCGGGGUGCCAUUGGCUCCAUGGUCUGCCCUGGAGCUUGGAACUGCUUGAAUUAGAUAUUGGACAAGCCUGUACCCACUCCUUUCUUACCUGGAAUUGCAAAUACCUCUAAUAAACCAAGCCUUUAGCACAGAUUUAUUAGCAUUGAUUUUUCCCUUCCAGGAGGAGCUGAGACAGCAUGACACACGGAGGGGAGGGAGCUGGGAAGUGGUUCCCCACCAGGGCCAGCCACUACGAAAAGAGUGGGGCAAACAAAAUUAAGUUCUGUCCGUUAAGUUAGUGUCCAGUCCUCAUGGCAUUCAGGAGCCCCUCAACAGGGCAGGUACAAUGCAGGGUCACUUCAUUUUUGCUGUUUGCUGGCAGCUUUCAAGUCCCACCCACUCCUCCUUCUUCCUCGCUUGCUCCACAUCUGGGCAAGUCAAUAAAAGAGCCCAGGCAUGGCCUCUGUUGGUGCCAGUGGGAAGUUCAAACCACCCGAGCCCUGGCUGAUGAGUGGAAACCCUCACCCCGGCCCCAUCCCCCGCCCACAACGAAAGCCAAGCCCACGCCCCUUCCUUGUUCUCGCGUGCCUUUUCAGAGCCUUUCCAGGCUUGGUUAGGAGCUUGCCCACUCUCUCUGGAAAGCCUCAUUAUGUGAGUAAUACACCUUUUCAUACCUUCUUGGUUCAUGCGUGGUGGCAUCAUCCAUCUUGACAUCUGAACCAAAUCUGGAGAGGAGGGGUCCCCCCUGUCUACACAGUGGCU